AAAACUUUUAACACGGAGCCUCUUCUUCCUCUCAAUCGCCGUUACUUCGCCAUCGUCGUCACCGAGGUUAGAGAUCAAUGGCUAAAACUCGUCGUGGUAUUGAUAUGAUAAAGAAGAAGGAGAAAGUUGAUUCUGAAUCGGAUACUAUUAGUUGUGUGGCUCAUCAGCAUGCUGAGUUUUUCGAUAAGUUGAUAGAGCUCAUCCCUGCUAGAUUCUACUUACCUGAUGAGACUGAGAAGAAGUGGUUUCCUGGUCUUAGCAAGGCUCAGAAAGCUAAAGCCAAGAGGAAAACUACUGAAAACUUGAAGAAGGCGAGGAGGGAUAGGUUGGACCCUGAGAAGUCUUCUUUGACGACUCUUGAUUUGCUCAAGCAGAAGAUUGAGAAGGAGAAGUUGAGUAAUGAGAUUGCUGAUGAUGAUGAUAGUGAGGAGGAUGAGGAGGAGGAGACUGGUCACAUCAAGAAGCGUAAGACUACUGGUUUCCAGAGAGAUGAUUCUGUUACGUACGAGGAGUUGAGGCAGCGUCUCCACCGUAAAAUCGAUGAGCUUAAAGGUGGUCGUGCAGAUAAACCAAGAAUCCACGAAAGAAGGAAGAAGAUUGUACCUAAGAAGAGAAAGAGGGAUUCAGGUUCCGAGGAUAAGACUGCGGAGGAGAUUAAGGCAGCAGAGAAAGGAAAGGGUAAGCUGGAUGUGGAAGAGGCUGCUAAGGAUCUUACGUUUGGUUAUGUCAAGAUUGAUGACGAUGAGGAGCACGGAAAGGACAAGAAGAAACGUAGGCUUUCCAAGUCAAGAGAGCUUGAAAGAGCUUUGAAGUUAGAGGCUGCAAAGAAGGAUCCAGAAAAGGGAGAAGUGAUUGCAAAGAAGCACUCGUGGCAAGCAGCUACAAGCAGAGCAGCUGGUAUCAAGGUUCAUGAUGACCCGAAGCUGCUGAAGCAGAGCAUCCACAAAGAGAAGAAGAGGCACGAGAAGAACGCGGAGAAGUGGAAGGAGAGAGUUGAAGGACAGCAAAAGGUUAGAGUGGAGAAGCAGCAGAAGAGAUCAGGGAACAUUGCUGAUAGGAUUGAGCAGAACAAGCAGCGGAAGAUCGCCAAGAGGGAGAAGAAGCUUCUUCGUCCUGGCUUUGAAGGUCGCAAAGAAGGGUUUGUGAAUGAAGGUGGAAAGUAAAACUGUUUGCACAUCUGAUGCUAUUUUGGGAAAAUUCAUUGUCAUGUCAUUUGCUGUGUCAAAACUUUCGACUUGCUACACAAUGCAUUCCUAGUUAUGGUCUUACCAGGUUUUUGAAAUAUAAUUUGCAGUUCCUAGACACCAAUUAUUACUCCCUCUGUUCUUCUUUAUUUGACGUUCUACAGUUUUCUUGUGUCAAAAUAUUUGUCGUUUGCAAAAUUCAAUGUAGAAAUUGAUAGUGAUGGGCAUCAUUACUCCUCGAUACUCGUCUUAUAACCGUUACUUGACCCGUAUUCGC